AAGAGGUGCCCAGGACCGUCUUGUGGGGCUCCCUCCGGGCCGUCCCAUCUGCUGUCCUCCGCAGCCUUGGGAGCUAGGAGGGGGGCCGGGCAGCCCAGGGGCAGCCAUGACGGAGCCCGAGGCUGGGGCCGAGGACCUGGACACCCUCGUCGAGGAACUGGACUACCUGCCCGGUUACUUCCACCUGGAGAUGCAGCUCAAUUUCGAGCCGCGCUCACCGGCUCUGCUGCGCACUCGGGACCUGAAGCUCCAACGGGAGGGUCUGCGGCAGGAGCUGGAGCUGGUGGCCUCCCCGCAGCUGCUUGCAGUGCGUCACCUCCUGGGAACCUUUUCCUUUUACCUGGAGGAGCUGGACGAGGCCCGCGAGCGUUUCCUGGAGGUGGCCGGCGAAGACCCUGGCAACCUCAACGCUUGGGCCAAUUUGGCACACGUCUAUGGGCAGCUGGGCCAGGAGGAGGAGGAGGAGGCCUGCGCCGCGAGACUGGCCGCUCUCAUGGGCCUGGCAGGGGACCCCGAGGAUUCAGGAGACCCACGGCUCCGCGCCGCCCGCUGCCUGGCAGAGCAAGGAUACGCACACGGCUUCGACGUGGGCUGUGCCAGUCCAGAGGAGCGCGCACAGGUGCUGGAGGCAGGCAUCGCGCUCUACGACAAGGCGCUGAGCUAUGGGCAGCAGAUCCCAGUAGAGGAGAGAAGGAGCUGGUACUUCACCAUGGCAACACUGUUCAUCAGGCUGGACGGCAUCUUGCUGGAGAUGGGCAGUGAGGAGCAGAGAAGGCUGCCAGCCUUCAACCGCACCCUGGCCUUGCUCCGGCAAGUCCUCAAGUCCUCAGACCCCCGACACCAAGCUUUGGCCUGGUGCUAUAUUGGCAUGCUGCUGGAGAGGAAGGAGACCUUCUUUACCACCCCCAUGGGUGUCCAUGAGUGUGGGUACUCAGGUAUGGAGCCCCUGGACUGCUUUGGCAAGGCCAUUGAGAUCGCCAAGGACCAACCUCCCAUCCUGAAUCGCCUGGCCAAAAUCUUCCACUUCCUAGGAAAGCAGGAUAUGGCUAUAGGAACCUGCAACAUGGCCCUGGAUGUGCUUGGAGACCCACAGCUCAACUGGCAGGCAUACUGUACCAGGGCCAAGGUCCGGAUCAGAGCCUAUGUCCACGACCUGGAACGGGCCAAGGUGGGGCUUGGGGGUAUGCCUGACAGGAACCACCUGGCCUGUGCCAAAGCUGACCUUGAGGAAGUGGUCAAGGUAUACCCAGGCCUCAGGACCUACCUAGACAUCGGCCAGGUUUACUACUACAUGGGCGUGGACGCCAUGCGGGAGCUGCUGGCAGUGGAUGAGACUGCGCUCAAUCAGGCGCUGGUCUUCCUGGCCAAGGCUGGCGAGUUGGAGCUGGGAGAUACGUUGCCAGAGCUGCAGCUGCUGCGUGGCAAAUGCUUGCGAGUCCAGGGCGAGGAUGCUAAUGCCGCAGCCUGCUUCAAGCGUGCAGUGGAGCUGGACGACACUGGAUCCAGCCACACCGAGGGUUUCGGCUUCCUGCUCGAGGCGCUGCUGGCCCAGUGGAGCCAGGCGCAGCUGAGCGAUGGCGAGGUGGGCUGCGAGGUGGACAUCUGGCUGUGCCACGCCCAGAGCAAGUACCCGGUGGCACGCCUACGCCAGGAGCUGCAGCGUGUGUGGCGCGGCCACACAGAUGAGGUCCUGGGCCUGGCCCGUGCAUUGGUAGCCCAGGGACGGCCCGCACUAGUGCGCCUGCUCUUUGAGACUAUGGAACAGGAGGGCCAUGCAAAAGUCGAGCAUCCUCCUCCUGAGUCAGAUGCUGAUACCCUGAUGAGGUCCAUUCCGGAAGAGGCCCCACCCAGAUGAUUGGAUCUAGUCCUGGCAUUCAAGAUAGCCCACCUGUCAGGGCGGGCAGAGCCAGAAUGUUUAAUGCGCUGGGCUACAACACAGUUCAGUAGAAGGCUUGCCUAACAAACAUGCGGCCCUGGGUUCAUUUCCUACACCUGGGAGGUGGGGGGUGGGAUCAAAGCAGAUUUUUCUCCUCCCACCCAAAGUGUGAAUGGGUACUUUGAAACGUUUUAUGCAUUUGAAAUACCCAUAGGACAGAAAAUGGGCACUUGGAGGAAAUUCUGCGGGGCAAGGAGUCUGGGAGCAGGCAUGAGAGGCCACUGGAAAACGGCCUCCUGAGGAAAAGAGCUGGCCAGCACACAGCGAAAAUAGGAUGGCUCAAGUCUCCUGACAGAAAAGAUAGCUGUCUCAGAUGUGACUUGCUAUCCCCGAUGUCUGAGUGACUGCCAUUGGAGUACCUAGGGCCACACUGAAAGUUUCGCUGAGUGGGUCUCAAGUCCUCAGCCAGAAAAGCCUAGUUAAAACAGACCAAGGUGGCACCCAGCGUGGGUGCAGACUGGAUUCUGACUUCAGUCCAGGUGCUCAGAGUCAGUUCCUUCCUCUCCAUCAGCUUCCAGCAAGGCUCUGCUUUGGUCAGCCUUCUUGGAAGGCUUCCCAAAGUCCUUGAAAUAAAACUCAUCAAAAACA